GAUACUUGUCCCAAGCUGAGAGCUCUUCCUCCACUGGGCCUGUUGGCCCAGCUGAAAUCUCUUAUAAUUAGAGAUACAGGUGCAAUCAAAACCAUCGGACCUGAAUUUCUUGGCCCCCGUGCAUCGUCAGCAGCGACUUCAUUUUCCAACCUUGAAGAGCUGGAAUUUAAAGGGAUGUCCAACUGGGAAGAAUGGUCGUUUGGUAUGGUGGAGGGGGUUGGUGAAGAAAGAAGAGGAGCCUCCAAGUUGCUGCCUCGUCUAACGAAAUUGGUGCUUUAUCAAUGUCCCAAGCUGAGAGCUCUUCCUCCACUAGGCCUAUUGCCCGAGCUGAAACAACUUAAAAUUUAUAGAGCAGAUGCAAUCAAAAUCAUCGGACCUGAAUUUCCCAAGCUUGAACAGCUGGAUUUAUGGAGCAUGGACUAUUGGGAAGAAUGGUCGUUUGGUAUGGUGAAGAGGGUUGGUAAAAAAAGUAGAGGAGCCCCCAAGUUGCUGCCUCGUCUAACGAAAUUGGUGCUUUAUGAAUGUCCCAAGCUGAGAGCUCUUCCAGAAGGCCUACAGCAUGCUACCAAUUUACAAGAAUGGAAUAUCCAUGAUGCCCACAACUUAAAAGAAAUCAACAACCUGCCCUCAUUGAAAUCUCUGGGAAUAAAGGAUUGGCCAAGGUUGGAGCACGUGGAGAAUCUUGAUAAGUUGCAAUUCUUGGAAGUACGUUUAUCUUCUUCCACAGAGACAUCCACCACCGAUGCUGAUGGACAGACAGAGCGCCUCCCACAGUGGUUAUUGGAGCUACUCCAAAAUGCUCCGACUACUAUGCAGAGUCUUAAAGAAUUUCAACUAAGAUGCAGCUUACCAGUGCUUAAGACCUUCCUCAAGGACGGCCCCAACUGGCCCAUCAUUCAGACGAUCCCCCAGGUCACGAUCCAAGAGUAUUUGCCUGCAAAUCGCAGGCCAUCACAUAUUCGGUAUACCAAGGACCCUCCCACCUUCAAAAUGCAUAUAGAGGAAUAAGAAGAAUUAGAAGAACCAGAAGAAUCGAACAACUGCUAAAGCAUCCUCUCUUAUGCAAGUUACAAAUGCUCGUGGAAUAGGUGGUUGAGAUGGGAAUGUCUUCCAGGAAAAUGGGAUCACUGCACUCGGCAUUUUUACCUUCUUUUUUAAUUAUUUGAAUCUCCGUAUUGGACUUUCUGAUUUCUUUUUCCUAGCGUUACGAUGACAGCUGCAACUUUGCUAGUGUUUUGACGACACAGUCAUUUGCUUGAGUGUUUUUUUCCUUUUUUUGUUGAGUGUAACUAUUAAGAAUUGGUUUGUCCAUUGUAGUCGUCUUCCCCUUUAUGUUGUUGUAACACAAUCACAAAGAUUCUGAAUUUGGUGAACCACCAGACCCAUUCCCUCUUUCUGCUCGUAUUCCGUGUUUUUGUGGCA